AUGUAUGGCUGCAACAACGUGUCGUUUGCGCCAUAUGGCGGGAACUGGCGCCGAGGCAAGAAGAUCGCCACGGUCCACCUCCUCUCCCAGCGCCUCGUAGAGUCGUUCGCGCCCGUGCGGGCCGCCGAGGUGGCAACGCUCGUCGCACGUACCCGCCGUUCCGCGGAGGCGGGGUUGGCCGCGGAGCUGAGGGAGCUCCUGUACGGCUACACCAACGCGGUGAUCACACGCGUGGCCACCGGUGCCGCUGGGGCAACAGCAGAGAGGCUGAAACAGCUGCUGGGGAGCUCCGCGGCGCUAAUGGUGGGCUUCCAACCAGAGGACGUGCUGUCGGAUGACGACAUGGCCGAGGCGUGGGAUAAAUUCAUGCCCGAGUUAGUGGCCGCGCACAAGGAGAAGGGGGGUGACGGUGCAAAGGAGGAUGAGGACUUCUUGGACGUCUUGCUUCGGCUGAGGGAAGAAGUACCUCAAAGCAGUGUUCAAAGAGGUGCUUCGGCUCCACCCGCCAGUGCCGCUCCUCGUCCCGCACGAAUCAACAACGCCAGCGGUCGUGCAGGCUACGAGAUCCCGGCCAAGACGGCGCUCUUCGUCAACGUGUGGGCCAUCGGGCGGGACCCCGCUGCGUGGGACACACCGGACGAGUUCCGCCCGGAGCGAUUCAUGGGCGGCAGUCCCCCGGUGGACUUCAGAGGGACCGACUACCAGUUCAUCCCGUUCGGCGCCGGCCGGAGGAUCUGCCCCGGCAUCAACUUCGCGCUGCCGGUCUUGGAGCUCGCGCUCGUCAGCCUCCUGCGUCACUUCGAAUGGGAGCUCCCCGACGGCAUGCGCCCGGCGGACCUCGACAUGGGUGAGGCGCCGGGGCUGACGACGCCGCGGCAGGUUCCCCUUGUCCUAGUCCCCAAUUGCAAGACGCUCGUUCAGGCAGUACUGCAGUAG